AUGGACGCCUCUGCCGGCCCGGGGCUCAGCCGGGAUAUUCCUGCAGUGAAUGCAGCCUCAGAUAUGGUGGCGAGAGAGCCACAGGCGGGUUUUCUUAGAGUGAGGGUGGAGGACAGCUGGUUCACUGUGGAACGGGCCCUGCUGGCCAAGUGCAGCGACUACUUCCAUGCCCUCUUUCACUCUGGAAUGAUAGAAAGUCGCCAGGAUGAGCUCCAUCUGAAGGGAGGGGUGCAUGCCAGGGGUUUUCUGAUUGCCCUUGCAGUCUGCAGGGGUGAGGUUCCCACCAUAAGUGACCCAGAUGAGCUUACAGAGGCCGUGGAGUGUGCCGCUUUCCUCCAGAUUGCACUCUUGGCUCGGCAUCUGUGCGACAUCAUCGAUUCAGACAACUGUCUUCUGCUGUACCAUGCAGCCUCUAUCUUUGGAGAGCACACGUUAUUCCAUAGUGCUGCUCUUUUCCUUUGUGAUGCUUAUGAAGACCUUAAGGGGGCAGCAGAGAGCUCAAUCCCCGAGGAUCUGCUUAAGUAUUCUGAAUCACUGUCUCCUGCCACAUACAUUGCCAUAGGGACCCAUUCUCCGUCAAUGGACCUCCUACAGGACUCCUUUCGGAUUGUUUGCUACCUUGAUGAAGCUGAGGGAGAGUGGAAGCAUCUGACAAACCUCCCCACUCUCUGCAGCACCUCCAUGGCCGGGGUGGCAGUGCUCGACAAUCGAUUGUACAUCGUGGGGGGAGUUUAUGGUUAUGGUAAGGACACGGUGGACAACUGUUUCUGCUAUAACCCUGAAUCAGGGGUUUGGACUGUCCUCCCUGGCCCCCAGCAACCAAGAUACGACUUCACCCUGCUGGGGCACGAGGGCCGACUCUAUGCAAUAGGAGGCGAGUUCCAAAAGCGGAUCAUUUCCACAGCAGAGGCUUACAACGUUGAAAAGGGAGAGUGGACAUUCAUACAACACGCACCAAGGCCUGUAGCAUCGGCCGCUUGCGCCGUUGCAAGGCGACGGAUGUUUGUUUGCUUCUGGAAGCCGCCACAGACGACAGACAUCUUUGAGUAUGUGCCGGUGGCAGACGAAUGGACGCUUGUUACCACCAUGAUCAGGCCACAGAGCUACGGCCACUGCAUGGUGGCGCACAAGGACAAUUUGUACGUGAUGCGCAACGGGCCUUGCGACGAUUUCCUGCGGUGUCUGAUGGACUGCUAUAACAUCACGACGGGCCAGUGGACAGCCAUGCCGGGACACUAUAUAAAUAGCAAGGGGGCGCUGUUCACUGCUAUGAUUAGGGGGGAUUCUGUGUUCACAGUCAAGCACAUGCUAACUCUUGUAUACAGCAUCAGUGGGGAUGUAUGGAAACCCCGCAGGCAGAUGAAGGGAUUCCCAAAAAGUGGCUCACUGUGGACGUGUUUACUCAGGCUUCCCAAGAGCGGACCAGUUAAACCACGGUCGGACGCAGAAGGGAAGGAGGAACAAAUGCCUUUGCCAGACACAUCUCAGGGAUUUGAGGAAGCCAUACAGCAACUGUGAAAUCCAUGUAAUGUUUGUGGGGCUGGCGAAACAGUAUAUAACUCUAAAAAAUGAAAACUUGUUGAUAUUGGAUGAUGCCGGAGCACACUGACCAACACAUGUAUGUACUCGAGGGAUAAUAAAACUCACAUCCACAUGCACUCGCACAACGUCAAGCAUGCAUACACACACACACACACAUGCGCACCCACAUGCACCGCAGCUACU